AUGUAUCAGAAACGCUGGCAGUCGGAAGUGAAAAGGCAGUUGGAGGAUCAAAAUUCUGGUAUACCAAUGGAUUUUGGUGUAGAGCAAGUGUAUGAAGACUGGAAGAAAACCGUUGCUCUUGCAUCAACAGCAAAAUCAACCAAUAACCAUAGUUUUUAUUCUCUUGAAGAGAUUCAUAUAUUUGCCUUAGCUAAUAUUCUGCGAAGACCAAUUCUGGUGAUAUGUGACGAUUCUCAUCGUGGUGCUGGUGUAAACCUUGGUGGCAUAUACUUACCACUGUUGUCAGACUUGGUGGAUUGUAUAAAACUCCUCUUUGAUUGGCUAUCACCAUGGACAUUUUACAGCACUUGUGAUGGCAGAAAAUAA